CCUCCCAGUCUGUUUUUUUUGAUAGCAACUUGGUGGAUACAUCCCUCCCGAACAGCCAAUCACCAUGCCCAUUGAGCAGAUCACCAGCGACACCGAGUCCAUGGCCGGCGACGUCCCCAUGUCCCCCAACCUCUUCCACACCAUCUCCGCGCUGGAGAGCCUCCAGGCCAAGCGCAACGAGCUGGAGGCCCAGCUGCGCCUGGAGAUCUUCAAGCUGGAGUCCGAGUACCAGAAGAAGUACAACGAGCUCUACGAGCGCCGCACUGAGAUCAUCUCCGGCGCCUCCCACCCCACCGAGGAGGAGCUGAAGUUCGUCGGCCCCUUCGCGCAGGACCUCCUGUCGAUCGACGCCGUCAAGGACGCCCUCUCGGCCCCCUUCGACCCGGCCACCGCCGAGGGGAUCCCCAACUUCUGGGCCCAGGUCCUGAACAACCACCCGAUCCUCAGCGACCUGAUCAACGACGAGGAUGCCGAGGCUCUGGAGUUCCUGACCAACAUCACGGCCGACUACGACGCCGAGAAGCUCUUCUACUCGGUGACCUUCCACUUCUCGGAGAACCCCUACUUCACCAACGAGACCCUGGUCCGCACCUACUACCUGACCAAUGACAACUCCCCGAGCAACACCUUCAUGCGCCCGCUCCGCGCCACCACCACCCAGAUUGACUGGAAGGACGGCAAGAACCUCAUCGAGGAGGCCAGCCCCGACAGCAGCCAGGGGUCCUUCUUCCAGUUCUUCUGCGACUCCCACAUCGGCCAGGUCAUGGACGAGGACAUGGACUCCGAUGAUGAGGGCUACGCCUCCAUGCAGAAGAUCAUCCAGGACCGCAUGAGCGAGGACUUCCAGAUGGGCGAGCUCAUCCGCGAGGACAUCGUCGGCUGCGCCAUCGACUGGUACUCCGGCUAUGCCCUGACCUACACCAACUACCUCGACGACGAUGAGGAGGAGUACGACGAGGAUGACGAGGAGUACGAUGAGGACGAUGAGGACGACGACGACGAGGAUGAGGACGACGAGGACGACGACGCCGCCCCCGCCGGCGAGCAGGCCCGUCCCACUGAGUGCAACCAGCAGUAAGUGGACCCUCGCAUGUGCAUGUGCGUGCGUGCGUGCGUGCGUGCACCCCCCCCCCGGUCGUCUGCGCCCUCCUUCCCUCCCCCUGUGAGGAGGGAAAUGGGCUUUUAUGCCCCUUAGAGGGGGCAGAUGGGCGAUGUCGGAGGGGCAAGGCAGCCUGCUCUCCUCUCUCCCUCUCCCUCCCCCCAUGCCGCGAGAGGAAAGUGAAUGUCCUCUGCGCCGGUGUGCGUGCACGCGCACCGGGGUGUGCCCAGGCCAUCUCGCAUGUAUCCCAAGAUUGCACCACAUGCCGUCCGAUCAGUCGGAGGGAGGGCGGGGGCGGUGUGGGAGGACCGCGCAUGCGCGCGCGUCGCACACGUCCGCCCGCCCGCCCCUGUCAUUUGCGGGAGAGGGAGAGAAAGUUCGCUUUUCCCCAUCACCCCUCUGCUCUCUAUAUACACCCCCUCUCACACACAUACACCCAAUACAUAUACACAUAAACACGCCA